GUACCUUUCUUCAGUGGCGGUAGCGCGUCUUAGUGCAGGCAGGCGCCGAGCUUAGGCCAGCCUUGCUGCUGACUCGAGGUUGCAGCACUUGGCGGAUGCCUGCAUGAGGCGGUUGGCUCUGAAUCGACUGACGCUGCUCAGAGCUCGCCACAGGACCUCCUUGCAGCCCCCAUGGCCAACAGUCCUCCCGCGUCAGCGGCUGAUGCCUUUGACGAGCUGGUUUCGCCGCUGCUCUCGCCGCUGAGAAGCGAGUUCGAUAGACUUAGCGGUUUGAUUUCGUCCCGCGACGAAGAAAUUAGGGCCCUGCAAAGCGAGUUGGCCCUGUACAAGAAUGCAUACGAAUCGACGAGCGCCCGACAAGUCGCUGCCGAGAAAGAGAGAGACGACGCCGUCCGUGUUGCGGAAGCGAUUAGGAAGGAGCUUGAAGACAGCCAAGCGGUCGCGGAUGGCUUGCUCCAGGCGAAGGGUCACCGUAUUGUCGUUCUGGUUGACGGCGACGGUGCUAUAUUCGACGAUGACCUCAUCGUCAGAGGACAGGACGGCGGCCACAACGCUGCCCAGCGUCUGCGAUUGUCUAUCGCUUCGCACCUGAAGGAAACGCAGGGCGACGCGGCGUAUCAAAUCUGGGUUUACGUUUUCUUCAACAAGCGUGGUCUCGCCGAGACCUUCAACAAUAUUGGCUUAAUUGGCUUCAAGGAGUUCGACGACUUUGUUCUGGGCUUCAACAAGUCCAGCGAGCGCUUCAUCAUGGUGGAUGUUGGGAAUACUAAGGAAGCUGCCGACGCCAAGCUGAGAGCGCUCCUGGAGGACGAGGCCCGCAUGCCCAGCACGGCAAGGGUCUACUUCGCGGGCUGUCACGACAACGGCUACGCGCACACGUUGCGGUCCCUCAUCACCGAUGGCUACGGCGAUAAACUGGUGCUGCUGCGCGGUUACUCCGAUAUGGCCAAGGAAAUCGCUAUGCUCGGUCUGCCUGACUUCACCGUACCCGAUCUUUUUAGAGCCUCCAAGAUCGAGAGCAUAUGGCGAAGCCCCCAGCCGGCGCACCAGAACUUCUUCCCUUCGGCAACAAUGCCUGCCUCCGGUUUGCCUGAGUUCUAUAGUUACAAUUAUGGUGCAGGCGCGGACAAUGUACCACUUCCUUCGUCGCCUGCUGUUUUAUCGGGCCGUCCUGAUCUCGUCGAGGGCGGCUUCGCGACCUUCCCCAAUGUUCCGCAAACCCCCUCGUCCAGUAACACACCGCCUACUCCAUCGAAGGCUCUUAAGCUGAAUCCCAAGAAGCCUUUCUGGACGAAUGAUCCCCCACCAUGCCGCACUUUCAUCCUGCAGAAGCAAUGUCUGCUCAAGAAGUGCAAGUACAGUCACGACUACGUCGUCUCCUCCGAAGACGAGGCUAGGAUCCGCGAGGAGACGCAGAGAAUGGCUUGCGAACAUGCCGUGGAGGGUAAGCAGUGCCCUUGGGGAAAAAGGUGCAUCUAUGGGCACACUUGUCCGGAUGGUCCCACCUGCGUCAAAUAUAAGAAUGGAAAAUGCAAAUUUCGCGGAGCCGAUAUGCACAAGUGAGACGCUCGUGAAGCGUCGAACUCUACCAACGCCACGCUAUCCACCUUCGCCCCUUCCCGCACAUGUACUUUUAUUAUUACGGGCGUUAUCAAGAAUGCAACAUCUGUCACGCACUUGACUGCCCUGCCG